AUGGCUACCGCAGACAACGCUCCUGCCCGGAGUGCUGAGGCCUCGCAAACAGACGAAGCCGACUCCACACCCUCCACCCCCACGCUGGCACCCGCACACGAAAACCACAUGGCGCACGACAUCUCAGACGCCGACGACGUCAGGGCUUUCGACCAGCCCGACUCGGACCUGCCGCCGCUACCGACCGAAGAAGACGACAGCAUCAUACACCAUGUCAUCGAGGAAGAAGACGCGCACCAUGGCGAAAGCGUGUUUGAGGAUCGCGAAAUGCAGCGCCAAUUGAUGGACAUCGAAUCGAGCUUUAUUCCCGAGGCGCCUGUCCACGUCGAAGCACCUCAAGGGCAGUCCGGCGUGGACGAUACCUACCUGUUCGGGGGCUCGCCAGGAAAUUCCCAGCAAUCGGCUCGACCCAUGGACGACGAUGCGGAUAUGCAAAGAGUCAUGGACAAUCUGGAGGAGCUGACAAAACCAAAGAAGAAGCCGAAGAAGCUCGAAGUGCGUAGCGGGAACACACCGACAAAGUCGCAAGCCAGGAACAGCCACCAUAGCAACUCCUCCUCCUUUUCCGAGGCCCCGACGCCUGCCGACGCUUACAAGACGCCUGCUGCUAGACGUCUGGACUUCGGAGAAGAUGACUCAAUGGAUGCGAGCACCGCAACAUCAGAGGUCGCACCUUCCUCGCCCGCUGCAGAAGCCGCGCAUCGAAGCCAAUCACGCGCCUCCGCAGGCAGGUCUACAGAACAAGCAGCUGGAGGAGAAGGCGCGCAUCAAGCGAAUCAAGCAGCAGCAGCAGCUCAGCUAAAAGAGGUGGACGUGCGACGGCCGACAUCCAGUGCCUCGACAGUGAAAGCUCCCGAUUUCUCACAGAUUGAAGAAGGUUCUUCUCUUACGAACGAGAAUGACUCUAGCGUUGAUAGUUCAGCCAUGCCUCCACCACUGGUUCCCGCGAGCGCGCAGAAGAUCAGCAAGCGACCCAGCUACCUACAGCACCGGGGUUCGAGCCAGCGGUCGUCCGUAUCGUCCUUCACCAACCGUUCCGACGCUUCCGGAGAUGGCGGAAGCAGUGCAAGUCUCGGCGCAGACUAUGCUUUGCAGACUGGUGGUGCUAUUCCUCGUUCGAGCGGACCACGGGGGAUGAGCCUAGGACUGUCAAGACUGCCAAGCUUGGGUAGCAUCGCCUCGUCUAUGUCAGGAUACAGCGACACCAACCCCUGGGAGAAGGGCCGGAGUAUUAGCACGAACUCACUGUCCGCUUUUCUUCAGCCGGACAAUAGUCUAGGUCGUCUGGACGAAGAGGUGCCUAACAGUGCGACUCCACCAGAAACACCACGCGCUCCCAGUGUGCAGCCCGCCCCUACCGACACCGUUAUUGCUAGACAUAUCCAGGACAUACAAGUACCAGACUCUAUUGCGCGCGACUUCCGGGCUAAGCACUCGCGAUCGCCAGACAAACGACACAUGGCUACUCCCUUCACUCGCAGUAAACACAAUCUCACACUCAAGGAGCAGAACAGCAAAAUCGACAAGCUCAGCAAAGAGAACUUUGAUCUUAAGCUCAAGAUCCAUUUCCUCGACCAAGCGCUGCAGAACCGGUCUGAUGAGGGAGUCAAGGAGAUGAUCUCGAAGAACGUCCAACUGCAAACUGAUCUCGCGACGGAGAAGAAGGAAAGCCAGUCGAUGCGCAAGAAGAUUCGUGAUCUGGAGCGAAGGCUCAAGGCUCAGGAAGAGGGACACGCUACCGCUAGAGAUGUUGGCAGUGGCUCAGAAGACGGACGAAGUGUUCAGUCAUCUAGGCAAGCCGAACUGGAGGAAGAGAUCGAGUUCUUGCGGGAGCGCCUAGAGUCUACGGAGAUUACAGUGGACCAGUGGCAACAGGAGGCUCUUCAGAAGGAAGCUGAUAAUCGACGCAUGGCUGAUUACAUCAAGACCAUGCGAGAGAAGAGCUCUGGUGAAGACUCUGCUGGUGUUGACGAGGCUAUCAACAUGUGGAAAGAAGACUUCGAAGAGGAGCGUGCGAGGCGCGAGCAGGUGGAAACCCGCUGUCAGCAAGCAGAGACCGAGACCGAGAGGCUUCGAGAGGAGCUUGAGCGUCUGAAAGAUCAAAACCAGCAGAUGCAACAGAUGCAGCACUCGACAACGAACCAUCACAUGAACAAGGUCUUUAACAACUCACGGCGCAUGCACCAAUCCUUUGCUGCCCGUUCGAACUCUGGAUCUGAUGGGAAUGAGAAUACUGCGCCAGUCUCGCUCGGCGGCACAAGUAGUACUUUAGUGGAGCAUCUGCAGAGCGACAACGAGAAGCUGCAACGAGAUCUCCACGCACAAGCUUCCAUGCUCACUUCAAGGAACCGAGAGAAUCUUCGACUGAGGGAGGAGAACGAAGGCUUGAAACUCACAAUUCGCAGAGGUGAUGCUGGAUCGACAGCCGGUGAUAGCAUUCUGGAACGAUCCAUCUCCCGCAACCACAUGAGAUCUGUUUCGAGAGCAAGCGGCGGAACACGUUUGACCCAGCAAAGCGAUCCCGAUCGAGAAGACUUCGAAAGCAAGAAUGCUGCAUUGCGAGACGAGCUAUCGCAGCUGAAGCUUUCAUACAAGGAGCUUGAUGACCAGCUUAAUGGUCAUCUCGAUAUGCUUGAGACCACCGAGAACAAGGUCAAGGAGCUGGAGAGGGAGAUAGAAGCACAGACAGAAGACCUACAGGCACUAGCAAGCGAGCGCGACGAGGCUCUGGAGCUGCUACAAGACAAAGAGCAGGAAACUGAAGAGCUCAGACAAGAAGCCCUGGAUACGGUGCAAAGGUUGGAGAUUGACCUCGAGCAAAAGCAAGCGGAACGUGACCGUCUUUACAACGAUCUGGAAAACACCACUGAAGACUUCCAUGCUCUACAACAAGAAAUGAAGAAUGUCAGUGAGAGUCUUUUGCAACUCGAAGACGAUCGGGAUGCAAGCCUUCGCAAGAUCCAGAACCUUGAAUCAGAGCUUGGCGACGCCAACGAAGAGCUGAACAGGCAAGACAAGCUCCUCAGUGAGGAGAGGUCGAAGAAUGAACGACUUGAUGUCCAGCUUGAGUCUUGUCAGGGUGAGAUCGAUUUCCUGAGAGAAGAGCAAGAGGGCGACAAGAUCAAGAUUGGCGAGCUGGAAUCGGCGCUGAACCAUACUCAAGUCACAUUACAAGAGGCUAGAGAGCGAUCUCGGGAUCUUGAAGAGCGCAUGGCCGAGGAGAGGCAGCAACGCGAUGCCUUGGAAACCCAGGAGAAACAAGAGGUGGAGAAGAUCAUCACCGAACUCAAUGGUCAGUUGUCGAAGCUUAAGGAAGAGAGCAGGAAGCUACGAAAGAACCUCUCAAGCAAGGAAGUUGAGGCAUCCACUUGGAAGCAACGGCAUGACGAGUUGGAGCAAAUGCUUCGUGAGUCACUGGGCAACCUCAACGGCACGAGGUCGAGCCUCUUCAAGGAUAUCGCAAAGCUUCAACGAGAUCUUCAAGCGACUAUGCAAGAGCUCGAUGUCGUCAAAACCGAUCUGGCGGAGAAAGACCGUUUGCUGCGCAACCGCGAUGCUCUCUUGGAGAGCACUGGCAUGGAGAGCCGCCGUCUUUCAGAGCUGCUCGAGCGCGAACGUCAAGGCCGCCGACAAGACCAAACAGCAUUCGAAAACGCCAAGCGUGGUCAUCAAUCCACGACCAGGGCGAUCCAGCAACACGAAUCGAGGGUUCUGGAACUUGAAACCCUUCGUAGUCAGGAUCGGCAGAGACUCCACAGCCUGGAGAAACAGUACAAGGAGCAGCUGCUAGAACGAAACAACCUGCUCUACGCUCUGUGGAAUCGACUGUCCACUCUUUGCGGCGCAGAAUGGUCCCGCAAUAACGCUCUCAUCAACGGAGAACUGACUUCCAUGGAGCUCAUUUCUAGGAACGUCCCGGGCUUCCACAAGAACAUUAUUCUUGCGGUCAGGACCGUGGAGGGUGUCAUUGGUGCCUUCAAGCAAAGAAUUCGCAACAUAGAAAACAAUCUGAUCCGCGACUACCAAACUCUCGAGCAUAGCCUGGACUCUCGCGCCAAGCGACUUGACCAGCUCGAGAAGCUUGUAAUGGCCCAACGGCAAUCGAUUGGAAGACCUAGCACUGUCCGUGGAGGUAUCGUCGACCUCAACACCGCGGAAGUCAACAAACUGCGUACUGAGAACAAGACUCUACGAUCCGAGGUCCAGACCCUCCGCGCCAUUACCGCCACGACGCAAUCCGGUAACGAUGUUAUUGUCAGCCGCUCACCAUCACGUGCUGCCUCGCCGACCUCCUCCAAACGUGCCAGUAUGGCGCAAACACUAUUGCGUGCUCACUCCGCUUCUGUCGUGGAGCAUUUUUCGACUUCGAACUCGUCGACGCCGACGCCAGGCCAUCCCUAUCCCGCCGCUGGACCGCUUCAGCCAAGUGAACAGAAGUGGAUACAUCGACUUAAGGAACUCGAACGGCGUUUGAAAGCCGAGCGUGAAGCCCGACUCCUUGACCGAAGUGGUGCCCGUAAGAGAUUAGAGCAGAAGGUAGAAGAGAAUGCGGACCUCAGGGCUGCGCUUGAGAAGGAGAGGGACCGUCGAGACGAAGAUGGCCCAGACGAUGUCCAAAGGACUGCGUCUGCGAGUGGCAGUCGCAUCGGUGGAAGUGGACGUGCCAGUGUGGUUGGCAGCGUGAGACACACUAAUGGCAGUGGCAAAGAGAGAGAAGAGGAGAUGUAUUAG